AUGUACAUUCCAAAUCAGUUCAAAGUUGAUGAUGAAGAUAAACAACUUCAAUUGAUUAAAGAAUUCCCAUUAGCUGCUUUAAUAUUUGUUGAAAAGAGUUUUUUUGGUACACCAAACUAUUCAAUAUCACAUAUUCCAUUCUUUUUAACCAAAAAUUACAAUGGUCAAAAUGUAUUGAAAGCCCAUUUAGCUCGUGGAAAUGAAUUAGUCCCAUUAUUACAAAAUGCAAAUCAUAAUUGUCUUGUAAGUUUCAGAAGUACAGAUAGUUAUAUAUCACCAUCUUGGUAUCCAACAAAAGAGAAAACUCAUAAAUUUGUACCAACUUGGGAUUUUGGUGCUGUUAAUGCAUAUGGUAUUCCUCAAAUCAUUGAAGAUAAAGAAUGGUUAUUACAAUUACUUAAUGAAAUUACAGAUCAAGAAGAAGGUAAAAGACCUGAAGGUUCUGAAUUUAAACCAAAAUGGAAAGUUGAUCAAGCUCCAGAAAACUAUCUUGAUACUAUGAUUAAGAAUAUUGUUGGGUUAGAGAUUGUUAUUGAUGAAUUAGAAGGGAAAUUUAAAUUUAAUCAAAAUAAAGCUCCUAUUGAUACAAAAGGUGUUAUUGAUGCUCAUAUUAAUGAAGUUGGUGGAUCUAAGGGUGAAUAUAUGGCUAAGUUAACUACUCAAGAAUAUCCAAAGGAAUUGUGA